AUGAUAAAAGAGGGAAGCUAAGACAGCGCAAAUACCAUCGCUCAGUUGAGAAAGGAAAUUGCCAAGUCACAGACGAAUAAAAAAAGUCAGAAAAAAUCUCAAAUGGUGUAAGAGACCAGUGAAGAUAUUGCAAAUGAUUAAAAUUCAGAGGAAGCUGAGGAGAUGCAAGUGGUUGAUCUGUCAAUUUAGAGUCAAAAGGCAAAGUAAGCUCAGCAAUAGUCAGAGACCAAGAAAAUCUAGGAUUGCUAGAAACCUCAGCCAGAAAAUGUAGUUCAAAAAAAGAGCAAUGAUUCAGUUAAGGUGGCUUUUGAGGGAUUUGAUAAUCAAGAAAAGGUGAGACUCUCAAAUUUAUUGAAGUAAACAUUUGACAUGGAAACAAUAAACAUGCCUUCCAAAAUAAACCAAAGCAGAUAUUAGCUUGUAAUAGUCUCUAAAAAUGGCUAAAGUAAAGAUGUAAAAAGUGAUUAGGUCAAGGGAGUAGUUAAUGCAUAAUGGGUUGAGGAUUCUGUAAGCAAAAAGCAAUAACUGCAAGACUAUGACUCUUAUGGCUUUACACUAAGUGAAAUGGUUUUUUUCAUUUUCGAUGCGCUUGAUGCAGAUUCACAUCCUUAAUAGCAUUCAAUGAAUUUAAGAAAUAUUCUUCUCAAGUAAAAUGCAAAAGUUUUGAGUAAAUAUUGUGACCUCUAUGACAAAUCUGGCAAGUAUGCUCCAGUAGACAUCGUAGAUGACUCAUCUAAUCUAAUCAUUUUAAUAAAACAACAAAGAAGAGACUUUAAAGAUGCAGUUUAAGAUAUUGAACUUAUGAUAAAGCACUUUAAGAUUACAUUCAAAUAAUUUGAGCAAAUGCAGAUAAUCUCAGACUAGUGGGCCAUUAAAAGCAUAAUGAAGGACGAGAAAAUUCCUACAAUUGACUAUAAUCUAGGUAUGCUAUUUAAGAUCAUGAUAAGUGGAGAUAGAUCGGUGUUUUAUGUUCCACCUAUGACAAAGCAAGACCAAAAUAAGGCAAGAAAGAAGUCAUUACAAUAGAAUGUAUACUCGGUAAUGGAGCAAUGGACUAAAUACAGUGCCAAUGAGUUAAAUAUUCUAGAGGAUUGUGUGAUUACUUUCUAUGGCAAUGAGGACUAGCACGGAAAUAAACUGGCAAAUCUUUUAGGAGCAAAUAUCACUGAUAGCAUCAUACCAACAUACACUACUCACAUUGUAACAGAAAAUUUGACACCUUAACUCAAACAGUCUCUGACUCUUUUAUAAAAUAAGUCAUCUGAUUUGGCUUUAAGAACUUCAAGGGCAUUCGGACUGUCUGACAACAUGAAUCAAUAGUAAGUAAAAGUCAUUGGGCAGUCUCAUACUUUCAAACUUGUCACUGUUUAAUGGUUAGAGGAGUGCCUACUCCAAGAGAAAUGGGUGGCAGAGGAUAAGUUCACACCUGAAUAUGUAAAGGACAACAAGACUGUUUCAGAGGAAGAGAUGCUAAGAUUCAGGAAACAACAGUACAAAGCCAAGAGCAAGUUGUUCAAUAACAUAACCUUCUCAAUUUAGGAAGAUAGUUUUGAUGCUUUGGGAGACUAAAAAGAUAUCGUUAUUGAAAAUAUGAUAAGAACUAUAAUGGAGUAAGGUGGAAAGAUAAUUCCAUAAUCUAAAUCAGUUAGAAGUCAUUACCUUAUUUGCGAGGAUGGAUCUGUUAAGGACAUCUGGAAUAAUAUCUAAAGUUCAGUCCUAGAUAAACUCGAUAGAAAGAUCAUUCACUUCAGAUGGGUAAAGCAUUGCAUCAAGGCAAAUAUAAUUGAAGAUGAUUGUGAGUUCUUGUAUUUAUACCCUCUACCAAAGAGAGUACCCAUUGUAGAUUUCAAUCAGGCUAUUUUGCUUUUCACCAGAUGUCAGGGCAGACAGAAAGAGGAGCAAAUAUUCAGAAAAGUAUGCAAACUAUAUGGGUUCAACUAUUACUCGUAACAUUUUAAAAGUUAACAAUUAUAUAGUAAAGAGUAAAAGCAGGUCUAAGGAGAGUCAUACAGGCCAACUCAUAUUGUAGUAUUUGGUGAUGAGGAAUUGAAACAGUCAACAACCAUAAGUUAUUACUACAAGAUUGAUAAGAAUAAUCUGCCUUUGAUUGUAAACACCAACUGGUUGAUUGAUUGCAUGUUUAAUGGGCAGUUUAUUGAUGUUACAAAGGAUUAAUCAGUUAAGGAGAAGUAUAUAAUAGAUUUAGCGCAUUUCAAGCCUAGUUACUGA